AUGGGUGAGUUGAAUUUCUUCUUGGGUAUUCAAGUGAAGCAGUCCAUAAAGGGUACAUACAUCUGCCAGCAGAAAUACAUCAAGGAGCUCCUGAAGAGGUUUGAUAUGGAAGCAUCAAAAGUGAUAGACACUCCCAUUGCCACUGCCACUCGAUUGGACAUGGAUGAAUCUGGAUCUUCUAUGAAUCAAACUAUGUAUAGAGGCAUUAUUGGGUCUUUAUCUACCUUACUACCAGUAGACCUAAUAUUGUCUUCAGUAUCGGGCUAUGUGCAAGGUGACAAUUUUAAUCGUGUUGGGUAUGCUGAUGCUGACUAUGCUAGUUAUCUUGUGGACAGAAAAAGUACCUCUGGAAUGGCUCACUUUCUAGGAUCAUGUCUCAUCUCAUGGGGCACAAGGAAGUAA